AUUUGACAUCUGCGCAUGCGCAGUCUCCAGACCGCGCAGUUCCUUUUGGUCUAGACGUUUGAAAGCAGGCAAGACAAGCACGGCUGUCGGUUGUAGUGCAUCUCCAUCACUUUCUGACUGAAACUCACUCCAGUAACGUUGAAACGAACAUGGAUUUGAAUGAUGCUAACCUACAAACGCUCACCGAGUUCCUCAGGAAAACACUGGACCCAGAUCCAUCAGUGAGGCGUCCAGCUGAAAAGUUUCUUGAAUCUGUUGAGGGGAACCAGAACUAUCCUAUACUACUUCUCUCUUUGCUGGAGAAAUCCCAGGACAAUGUGAUCCGGGUCUGUGCUGCAGUCACAUUCAAGAAUUACAUCAAAAGGAACUGGCGCAUAGUUGAAGAUGAACCAAACAAGAUCUCUGAUCCAGACCGCACAACAAUCAAAGCAAAUAUUGUCAAUCUAAUGCUAAGCAGCCCAGAACAGAUUCAAAAACAGUUGAGUGAUGCCAUCAGCAUUAUUGGAAGGGAAGACUUUCCUCAAAAGUGGCCUGAUCUCCUAACAGAGAUGGUGAACCGCUUCCAAAGUGGAGACUUCCAUAUCAUCAAUGGAGUUCUCCGCACUGCACAUUCCCUCUUCAAGAGGUACCGCCAUGAGUUCAAGUCAAAUGAGCUUUGGAUGGAGAUCAAACUAGUCUUGGACACAUUUGCCCAACCUCUGACAGAGCUGUUCAAGGCCACCAUUGAGUUGUGCCAGACUCACGCUACAGACAUCAAUGCCUUGAAGGUCCUCUUCUCCUCCCUCACAUUGAUCUCCAAGCUCUUCUACAGUCUUAACUUUCAGGACCUCCCAGAAUUCUUUGAGGACAACAUGGAGACCUGGAUGACUAAUUUCCACAACCUCCUGACUUUGGAUAAUAAACUUUUACAAACGGAUGAUGAGGAGGAAGCAGGCCUGCUGGAGCUGCUGAAGUCUCAGAUCUGUGACAAUGCUGCUCUAUAUGCUCAGAAGUACGAUGAGGAAUUCCAGCCUUAUCUGCCUCGUUUUGUCACUGCCAUCUGGAACCUUUUGGUGUCAACUGGCCAGGAAGUCAAGUAUGAUCUGCUUGUAAGCAAUGCUAUCCAAUUCUUGGCAUCUGUGUGUGAAAGGCCACACUACAAACAUCUGUUUGAGGACCAGAACACUCUCACUAGCAUUUGUGAGAAGGUUAUUGUACCCAACAUGGAGUUCAGAAGUGCAGAUGAAGAGGCCUUUGAAGAUAAUUCUGAGGAAUACAUCCGUAGGGACCUUGAAGGAUCUGACAUUGACACUCGCCGUAGAGCUGCCUGUGACCUGGUGAGAGGCCUGUGUAAAUUCUUCGAGGGUCCCGUCACAGCCAUCUUUUCUGGCUAUGUGAACUCAAUGCUGGCAGAGUAUGCCAAGAACCCUGGGGUUAACUGGAAGCACAAAGAUGCUGCCAUCUAUUUGGUGACAUCACUUGCAUCUAAAGCCCAGACGCAAAAGCAUGGAAUAACACAGGCCAAUGAGUUGGUGAAUCUCACAGAAUUCUUCGUCAACCAUAUUCUCACAGACUUGAAAUCCCCCAAUGUUAAUGAGUUCCCGGUGCUGAAGGCAGAUGCCAUUAAGUAUGUCAUGAUCUUCAGAAGCCAGCUCCCCAAAGAACAGUUGCUGCAGGCUGUUCCUCUCCUCAUUGCUCACCUGCAAGCAGAGAGUACAGUGGAGCACACUUAUGCUGCUCAUGCCUUGGAGAGGCUAUUCACUAUGAGAGGCCCCAACAACUCCACACUUAUCACUGCAGCAGAGAUGGCACCCUUCACUGAACAGCUGCUCAACAACUUGUUCAAGGCAUUGGCUCUUCCUGGUUCUUCAGAAAACGAAUACAUCAUGAAAGCCAUCAUGCGCAGCUUCUCCCUCCUCCAGGAGGGUAUUGUUCGCUACAUUCCCACUCUGAUUGGCCAGCUCACUCACAAGCUCCUCCUGGUUAGCAAGAAUCCCAGCAAACCUCACUUCAACCACUACCUGUUUGAGUCUCUGUGCCUCUCCAUCCGGAUCACCUGCAAGGCUGACCCUAACACAGUCAGCAGCUUUGAGGAGGCACUAUUCCCUGUCUUCACUGAGAUCCUUCAGAAUGAUGUUCAGGAGUUUGUUCCAUACGUGUUCCAAGUGAUGUCUCUCCUCCUGGAGAUCCACUCCAACUCUAUUCCCUCUUCCUAUAUGGCUUUAUUCCCCCACCUGCUGCAGCCUGUGCUUUGGGAAAGGACUGGAAACAUCCCCCCUCUUGUGCGUCUGCUUCAGGCCUACCUAGAGAAGGGUGGGCCCACCAUUGCCAGCUCUGCCGCAGACAAAAUUCCUGGUUUGCUAGGAGUUUUCCAAAAGCUCAUUGCCUCCAAGGCCAACGACCACCAAGGUUUCUACCUUCUCAACAGCAUAAUAGAGCACAUGCCCCCAGAAUCGAUCACUCAGUAUAGGAAACAGAUCUUCAUUUUGCUCUUCCAGAGGCUACAAAGCUCCAAAACCACAAAGUUCAUCAAGAGUUUCUUGGUGUUCAUCAACCUGUAUUGUGUCAAAUACGGAGCUAUUGCACUUCAGGAGAUUUUCGACACCAUUCAGCCAAAAAUGUUUGGUAUGGUGCUGGAGAAGAUAGUCAUUCCGGAGGUCCAGAAGGUGUCUGGCACAGUUGAAAAGAAGAUCUGUGCUGUUGGCAUCACAAAAGUCCUUACUGAAUGUCCUGCGAUGAUGGACACAGAGUACACAAAACUCUGGACCCCGUUGCUCCAGGCGCUCAUUGGUCUGUUUGAGCUGCCAGAAGAUGACAGCAUCCCAGAUGAUGAGCACUUUAUUGACAUUGAGGACACACCAGGCUAUCAGACAGCUUUCUCUCAGCUGGCCUUUGCUGGGAAGAAGGAGCAUGACCCCAUCGGAGAGGCUGUUGGCAAUCCUAAGAUCCUGUUGGCCCAGUCACUCCACAAGCUGUCCACUGCCUGUCCAGGAAGGGUUCCAUCAAUGCUGAGUACCAGUUUGAAUGCUGAAGCUCUACAGUUCCUGCAGGGUUACCUACAGGCAGCCACUGUGCAGUUAGUUUAAAAUGGAUACAGUAUUCUUCUCUCAAACCCGUAAGGAGUACACUGCAGGAAGAGUGGCCACACUGGCCCCAAGCCACACUAGAGACAUGUUGAAGUCUUAACAGAUUUGGUUUGACCUGUGGCAAUUAGGGCGGAUUCAUCAUGGUUAUGGCAAUUGUUUGAAUUUAGGAUGUUUUUCUCUGAUGGGAUUUUUAAUUCAGGCUUGUUUUUAAUUGGACUGUAAAGGUAAAGACAAGACCAAGACUUGACCUCAUCAAAUUAUUUUUUUUGUGCGUUUGAGUGAUUUUGCUUGCUGCUGUUAAAGCAAGUUAAGAGACCAGCUUUAACUAGGAUUACCUGGAUACAAAAACUUUAUUUCAGUGACAGAUAAUGGGGGAAAAAAAUUCAACAGUAUUCUGGAAGACUGAUCAUCUGAUUCAAAUGGGAAGGUUUUCUUUUGUUGUAUGUUUUUUUUCUUUCUUUUUUGUAUGUUUGAAUUCCUUUUCAUGGUUAUGGAAAGCUAGUCUUUGUGGCUAAGACAUAACGCUUCAUUUUUCUGUUGCAUGUUACCUGUUACCUGUAGGUUUGUUUUAUGUCUAGUCUUUGUUUCUGCACUGUCUGUUAAUGUGAAUAAAGAGAAGCACUUGUAUAUA